AUGGACACAUCAUCUGACUGGGAGACAUACCCUUUUACUUGCUUCUGGUCACAAUUAAAAUCAACCAAUCAAAACCCUCGUACUAGAAUUAAACAUGCCACUUGUAUCCAUGGUAACCAUGUUUAUAUGUCUGGAGGAAAAGACGCUACCAAACCACUGAAAGAUUUCUGGAAAUUUGAUCUCAAAAGUGAAGAAUGGGAAGAAGUAGUAACAAAAGGAUUAGAAAUAGGUCAUCUUCAAGGUCACACACUUUCUUCAUAUCAGAGAUUGAUAUUAGUAUUUGGAGGAGAAUUUUCUAAUAGUUAUGACUGCGCUUCAUUAUUCAUUUACAAUCCUGACCUAAAUCACCUUCGACGAUAUAUUGGAGAUGGGAGUAACCAGCCCACUGGUAGACGCGAACAUACCAGUAUUAUUUAUAAUGAUAAGUUAUAUAUAUAUGGAGGUUUUAAUGAUAUGAAGGGAUCAAUAGGUGAAUUAUGGCAGUACAGCAUUGAUGAAGAAGAAUGGCAACUUCUACCUCAACCAACUAGAAAUCAUCCUGGAUCACGUCAUGCUCACACUGCCUGUCUCCAUGGUAACAGUAUGUGGAUAUUUGGAGGAAUGAGUGAUUUAACAGUUAAAAAUGAUUUAUGGCAAUAUAACUUUGUUUUACAGAAAUGGUUUCAACAUAAACUAUUAAAUGGCCCCCCCUCAUUAUCAGGACAUUCAUCAGUUAUUGUUGGUAGUAAUAUGUUGAUAAUUGGUGGUGUCAGACAUGGUCAAAUUUCUUCUGAUAUCUGGUCACUUCAUAUAGAUUCUUUAACAUGGAGUAAGAUAGAGCAAGAUAAUACAGCAGCAUUACCUCCUUUGACCCAGCAGUCUGUCAUAGCUGUGUCUAGCAGCAAAUCUCAAACCACCAGCCAAAAUAAUCGUACAGCCUCUGUGCCUCAAUUACAAAGGAAAAAAAUCCGAGCCAGUCAAUAUUCAUUACCUGAACGUCCAAAAACAUCACCUCAAAACAUUCAUUCUACAUCUGUUAAUUUUCAUAAUAAAAUUUUCCCUGUUGAUGACAAUCGCAUUGAGGAGUUUCAACUUUCAACACUUGAUUCAUUAAAGGGAGUUAACUCUCAUUGUGAUAUUGUACAUUUUCCUCAUAUAGAUGAGAAGCCUUUAUUAAAUGAUAGUUUAGGUAACAUUAGUGUAGGUGUAGAUAAUUGUGCUAAUGAUAUAUCAGAAAUGAACGAUUUCAGUACACAGGACAAAGUUAAAAAACACAACAAUUCAAAACGAUUUUCAAAGAAAUCUGAAGAGCACAAUUUUUACGACUUGUGUUCAAAGUGUAAAAUAAGUGAAAAUUAUUCUCAACCGACUGCAAAACAUAACAAUGUUUAUCGUUCUUAUUGUGCUUUGUGUUCUCAACCUUUACGUCACUCAAGACAUGAAAGUGACAUCACAGUUGAAGAUUUAGAACAUUUGGACAAGGAAAUUAAAAAACAUGGAGAUACAUUAUCAAAUUCUUUCAAAGACAUGCAAGAACAACAAAACUUCCUUGAAAAUAUUGAACUAAAAGAUUUUAAGCCAGGAGGCUGUUCAGCAUUCGGAAGAUGUGAUGUUAUUUCUAUGUGUAAUCAUUGUCAUUCUUCCCAUGUCUGUUGUCGUGGUGAUGGUCAGAGUGGUGGAAGUGUUGAAGACUCAUUCAUGACAUCUAAUGUGGUAUCUAUAGCCACACAAACAGAUAUUAAUGAAGGGAGGAAUUAUACUGCAACUGAACAAAAGUAUUUAUAUCAGUCUGCUUUAGAUGAUGGUGACUCAGGUAUUGAUGAUGAGAAUAACUGUGCAGUGAAUGAUAAAGUUGAAGUGUUAGUGUUUGGAGGAAAGUCUGUAACAAGGAAUACAGUUGAGGUAUCGCCAAUAACUGUAUGGAAAUUAACAAUACCAUAUUAA